AUGCACACUGGUGAAAAACGCUAUGAGUGUGAUGACUGUGGAGGGACUUUCCGGAGCAGCUCGAGCCUUCGAGUCCACAAGAGGAUCCAUACUGGGGAGAAGCCGUAUAAGUGUGAGGAAUGUGGGAAAGCCUACAUGUCCUACUCCAGCCUUAUAAACCACAAAAGCACCCAUUCUGGGGAAAAGAACUGUGAGAAGCCCUAUGAAUGUGACAUCUGUGGGAAAACCUUCAGUAAUAGCUCUGGCCUUAGAGUCCACAAAAGGAUUCACACAGGGGAGAAGCCCUAUGAAUGUGAUGAGUGUGGGAAGGCCUUCAUUACUUGCAGAACACUUCUAAAUCAUAAAAGCAUCCACUUUGGAGAUAAACCUUAUAAAUGUGAUGAGUGUGAGAAAUCGUUUAAUUAUAGCUCUCUCCUCAUUCAGCAUAAAGUCAUCCACACUGGAGAGAAACCUUAUGAAUGUGAUGAAUGUGGGAAGGCCUUCAGGAACAGCUCAGGCCUUAUAGUGCAUAAAAGGAUCCACACAGGAGAGAAACCUUACAAAUGUGAUGUCUGUGGCAAAGCAUUCAGCUAUAGCUCAGGCCUUGCAGUCCAUAAAAGCAUUCACCCUGGGAAGAAAGCCCAUGAAUGUAAGGAGUGUGGAAAAUCAUUCAGUUAUAACUCGCUUCUUCUUCAGCAUAAAACGAUUCACACUGGAGAGAGACCUUAUGUAUGUGAUGUGUGUGGAAAAACUUUCAGAAACAAUUCAGGACUCAAAGUCCACAGGCGGCUUCAUACUGGGGAAAAACCAUAUAAGUGCGAUGUGUGUGGAAAAGCCUAUAUCUCACGCUCUAGCCUUAAAAACCACAAAGGAAUACAUCUUGGGGAGAAGCCCUAUAAAUGUAGUUAUUGUGAGAAAUCCUUCAACUACAGCUCUGCCCUUGAACAGCAUAAAAGGAUUCAUACAAGGGAGAAACCCUUUGGGUGUGAUGAGUGUGGAAAAGCCUUCAGAAAUAAUUCAGGCCUUAAAGUACAUAAACGAAUCCACACUGGGGAGAGACCUUACAAAUGUGAAGAAUGUGGGAAAGCCUACAUCUCACUCUCAAGCCUUAUAAAUCAUAAAAGUGUACACCCUGGGGAAAAGCCCUAUAAGUGUGAUGAGUGUGGAAAAGCCUUCAUCACAUACCGAACCCUUAUAAAUCACAAAAAAAUUCAUCUUGGGGAGAAACCCUACAAAUGCGAUGUGUGUGAGAAAUCUUUUAAUUACACCUCACUCCUUUCUCAACACAGAAGGGUUCACACUAGAGAGAAACCUUAUGAAUGUGACAGCUGCCACCCUACACCUGAGAAGAGCCUGCCCCAGGUAGCCAUUGGCCCAGAGGAUGAGAGACAAGUGGAGCAGCCUUAA